AUGCCGAUUCCCGUCCUGUCCCGCGCCGACUAUGACGACCUGGACGACCCCGAGACGGCGCCAACGCUGCUGACGCUGCUGGCGCUCGGCGACUGGGGUGGGACACUUGGGAAGGAGUCGGGCGACCCCGGGUCGUGCUGCGUCAUGUACAAUGGGUCGGUCGACACGCGCUCGGACCGGUACAAGGUCGACUACUACGCGCAAUCGUACGUUGCGGACCUCCUGGCGGC